GUUGUGGUCGCAGAUUUCCAUCAGGCUUGGCACUAUAAGCCAAUACUAACGGUGAUGGAUAUUUUGGACCCCAACCUCCGUACGGGAGCCUGAUUUUUCAAUAUGGCACCGCCCCUUGUGUGAGGCUCUGAGUUGCUGCCUCAUCACUACCCCGCAGGCCGGUUUCCGGUAUCUGCCAUUUGCAUUUGGGGUAGGACUAUAUUACCUAGAUGUGCCUAUAUAAGUCCCAGUGCGCUGUGCUUUUCAAUAAACUCGCCGCGACAAUUCCCUAGGCAACUUCCUUCUCGCGCCGCCGAUUUCCAACGAGUUCGCAAAUUACACAACCUCUCUAUUCUCGCUACAUAAAAAAUGGCAUUUCGCCCCAAGCAGAUCACCAACUACCAGGCUGAGCACUUGGCUGAGCUUCAAGGGGACGUCAGUGAGACAGCCAUCAACUAUGUUCUGGGUCUCUUACCUCCCUUCGCAGAUGGCGAUGUCAUCCACGAUAACGCAUGCGGCUCAGGUGCUGUGACCGAAACCAUCAUGGCACAAAGUCCACCCAAGAUCCAGAUAUACGCAACCGAUAUCAACGCUGCAUUCGUCGAAGGUGUUCGGGCACUGUCCGAGAAGAACAGCUGGCCUGUCGAGACCGCCGUCAUGUCCGCUCAAGAGAUCACGUUUGCCGACGCGACCUUCACCCAGUCCAUCACAAGCUUCGCCUUCCACUGCCUGGGAGACCAUGACCAAGCCGCACGACAAGUUUACCGGACCCUAAAGCCCGGCGGCUUGGCCGUUGCGACGGUUUGGAUCUUCAUGCCCCACGUCGAAGCGCUGCAACAUGCACACUGGCGUACGCGUGGCCGCGACGGGCCAAUGCCAGCGCUACUUCCAUUGGAGAACUUUAAAGAAUCCGACUUGAGACAAGCCCUACAGGUCGGAGGCUUCAAGGACGAGGAUAUCUCCUGCUCUGAGAAGGUCUGCUACCUAAAGGUGCCCGAUAUGAGGCGAUGGGCACAGCUAGCUUGGAGCUACCUCGGCCAUCUCCCCACGGGGUGGUCCCAAACCGACGAAGAUAAAUGGGACGAGGCAAUUGACGACAUCGUGGAUCAGCUGUCCAGCGGGGACGGCAUUGUCGUCGAGAAUGGGGAGACCGUCAUGAGGAUGAUUGCGGUCGUCGCCGUCGCGAAGAAGUAAUAGUGUUCACUGCAUGAUUUCUGCAUGUAGCUUAUUAUCUUGCAGGCAAAGCCAUUGAGCCUACGAUUUAGGAUUACCCCUCUUGAGCCUUGAAAUGUUGACUUAGCUUAUCGGCGCUGUCUUACCUGCAUGUGACCCUAGGCCAUCGCGGGGGCGCAUCCCGGCGCGGAGUAGCUGCUUUUAUCUGAAAGUACUUAAUUAAUGCGAAAACCCCUGUACACCGCUUUCAU